UGAAAUUUUGACGUAAUCAAAAUGACAACGUCAUGGUGGACUAGUGUGUGUGUGUGUGCAUGGUGCUAGACGGAUUAAAACGUCGACCAUAUGGAAUAUAUGUCGAAAAACUGAUCAUUAAAUACGAGCUAACUUACCCGUGGUAGUCAGCUAUGGUAUGUGACUGACACGUAGCUGACGUUAGCUAGCUGAGUCAGAAGAUAAGUGAGCCACCUCUCUGCAAUAGGACAGAAUGCUUCGCAGAUCCAGGAUCAGUGUUCGUCCGAACGUCAGGCCAGCAGGCAGAGGGCCAGCCCCAGCCUCCUCCCAGGACACUCCACCUUCCCAGGAGGCUCCAGCUGCAGGCUCCCAGGCCUCCGAGGACCUUCCCCAGGCAGGGGGCCAGUGCAUGAAGGACACCACAACUGCAGUGCUAGAAGCCUCCACAGAGUCCACCACACCCAGAGAGGAUGGAAAAGACCCAAAUGGUGAGGCUUCCAGCAGCACCCCCUCUGCUGGUCUUCAAAGGAGGAAGCGGUUCGCUGUCAUGCCAAACCUUGCCAAACCCCGGGUGGCCACCACCCCAGCCCUCACCCGCUCCUCCCCCAGGACCCCCAAGUCCCCUGUGAGAGCGGGCACUGAGACUCCAGCUCCAACCCCUGAGGCUCCAGAGGCCCCCAGACAGACAGAUUCUGGACCCCCACAGGGCAUGAGAUCCCCAAGGCGGAGGCCCUCUGGUGGUAGUAAGCAGUCCAAAGGACAACCCAAACCCAGGCCACUGUCCCCAGCUUCCCCAGGCCCUACAACAACCUCUCUGGGGAAUGUGGCAGUGGAGGACUCAUCCUCGUCACAACAGACCCCGCAGGCAGCAGGCAAAGGCAGUAUCCAAUUAGAUCUCCUGAAAAAAACACCAACCAUUAAAGGUCCAUCCACUCCGUUAGAGAUAGUCCCAUCAUCCUCCCUUCCAGACAAAGAGGGUAUCUCAGUAUCAGAGAGAGCUAAGACUCUGGUCGCCAGGUCUGUGUCUGGUGGGCUCACCGGGCUGGCACCAGGGAAGUCCAGGCUUAGCAGGUUCCUGAAUGACCCAACAGACCUACAGAGGCUGGCUAAGGCCCGGAAACUCAGAGAGCUGCUGAGACAGGAGAUGAACAAGGAGAAGAAACGGAGCAAAGCCAAGGUGUGUGUGAGCGAAUACACACUAGAUCCCUCUAAAAUGACCAUGAGAGAUCUCAUCUACUACCUGCCUGAUACCAACCCCAUGACGUCUUAUCUGGUAGAGGAACAGAGGGAGAACGAGACUGUCCUCCCACUCACCCCACCAAGAGAAGAGUCACCUGAAAGACCCCCAACGCCGGAGGCCCCAGCUGAGACAGCCAGCCAGGGAGAUGAAGAUGAGGAUGACGAUGGGGUGAUGGUCCCGCGGGUGAAGGUGGCAGAAGACGGCUCUCUGAUCAUCGAUGAGGAGAGUUUGACAGUGGAGGUCUUGAGGCAGAAAGGGCCCAACCCAGCUGAUGAUAGAGACCCCAUCUUUGAGCGUGGCUCCACAACCACCUACUCGAGCUUCAGGAAGGGGACACACGUCAAGCCCUGGUCCAACAAAGAGACGGACAUGUUCUUCCUGGCCAUCAGUAUGGUGGGAACAGACUUCUCCAUGAUUGGACAGCUGUUCCCUCACCGCGGUCGCACCGAGAUCAAGAACAAGUUCAAGAAAGAGGAGAGAGCAAACAGCUGGAGGAUAGACAAGGCCUUCAAGGAGAAACGCAGGCUGGAUCUUGAGUUCUUCACUAGUCUCCUGGAGAAGAUCUUGGCUGCAGAGGCAAAGAGGAACAAAAAUAACAAGUCCCCCACAGAAAAGAUACGAAUCAAGAAAAAAAUCAAACCGAAAGAAAAGAAAGCAGCGAAGCAGCUGAGCGACGUGGAGGAGGAGGGGUUAGACGCGGAGAUGGACACAGAGGAGAUGGAGGGAGAGAAGGAGAACGAGAACGUCUCUAAUGAAGGGACCACACUUUCCUCCGCUCCCACCACUAAGAGAAAACGCAAAAGUAGGGAUGGAGGAGGAGAGUCCUCUCCUGAAGAAGCAAAGGAUGGAAAGAAAAAGAAGAUCGACCUAAUAACAAGUGAUCAAGAAGAGGCUGGUGUACCUGAAGAUUCUGAGGCAGGGCCUCCAGAGAGUUCAAAGCAGGCAGAAGGGCCUGUGGAAGCAGCCAAGGGACCUGUGGUGAUCAAACCAGCCCAGUUGUCCCGUGGCCGAUCCCAGAGACCUCUUCCUAACCUGGGUAGGAAGUGGGGCCAGAGGGGCCCUGAGCCCAAUACCAAGCCUAACGUUAAAGAUGGGGCAACACCUACAGAGGAGGAGAACACUGAAGAAGGGCUGUCUGAAGAACAGGUAGAUAAAGAUGCUUCUCCUUCAGUCAGUCAAAAGGAGAAGAAGAAAGCUGGUAAACUCUCUUCAUCUGAGGGAGAGGAGGAAGAAGCCAACGAUAAACCCAUCAAACCCACCAGGUAUGGCAGAAUACCCAAAAAGACACAGCUCUUGAAUUACCCUGCAAAGGAGGAUGGGGACUCGCCCUCAGACUCUGCCCCCACUCCUGCCUCAGACGGAUCCCCAUCCACUUCUUCCUCCACCAAGCCCAAAUCCAAACCAGCAUCCAGGAGGUCCAAAAUCAAACCUGGCCCAGCACUGCCAGGUAGGAAGGGCCAAUCAGCGGCUAGGAAAUCCAAGCUGGUCACCCUCAGGGCGUCCCAGUCUGAAGAUGAAGAUGAGGAAGAAGGAGCAUGGAGAGAGGAGGCGCAGGCUGAGGAGGACACCCACAAUCCCACAAGCCCAGAGGAUGAGAACCAGGCACCUGCGUUCAUUCCCAUGAGCCUUCGCUCGCCACAACCUGUCGCCACAGAGGUUGAGGAGACCAUGGAGGAGCUCGAUAUCUCCGUCAACGUGCCUGAUGUCCUGGGUAUUUCCCAUGAUGCAUUCUGCCCUGACUCGUCAUGCGAGCGGGCACAGGGUGGUGAAAUGGGCACAGUGCCCUGUGAACAUCAGUUGGACCUGUUAGUAGACGUGAUAGACUUCCUGUCUCCAGAUAACAUGGAAGUAUCUGAGGAGAGCUACAACGAGGCAGCUAGAACCCUUCUGGCCAUCGGCAACCUCACCCACCUGUCUCAGGCAGCUGAGGCCUUCACUGCAGGAGCAGAUGAUAUCAUCACGGAAGAAUGUUCCAAUGAGGACCAACUGUACCAGAUGACACCUCAGCCCACUGACCAAUCACAAACUAGCACCAUUCCUUCUGAGUCUCUGACACCUUACCUUAGGGUCACUGAGGCAUCACGAAUCGCUGAGGAUUCUGUACCUGUUGCCACGUCAACAACAGCCUAUGUCCCUGUCACCACGACAACAGCCUCUAUCCCAGUCUGCAAAAUAACAACCUCUGUCAUAAUUACCACGGCAACAGCCUCAGUCCCAGUCACCACGACAACAGCCUCUGCUCCAGUCACCUUGACAACAACAGCCUCUAUCCUAGUCACCACAUCAACGGCCUCUGUCCCAGUGCCUCAGAGCAGUGAUACGCCCACUCUAGAAACUCCACCCAUAGAGGAGGGGCCGCUCAGACAGAGGGAGGGGACUGAUAUUGGACACGCCUCUCAGGUGGAAUCAGGUUCUGAAGUGUCAGAAGGCUCAGAGCAGCAGACAACCUCACAGACCAGGAGGAGCCACUUCCCUAAGGUCAAACCCAACCUGGGACGGGCUGCUAGGACCACACAACUCAAACCCCAACAGACUACCACCACACUGUCAGAAUCACCACUAGAGCCUAUGCUGAAUAUCACCACAACCUCAGAACCACAGCCUACCAUGAUUAUCAUAGAACCACCACUGCCUACUGAGAGUAUUAAUACAGAGUCAGAAACACAGCCCAACCAGAGAACUACCGCACACUCAAAAUCACAACCCACCACCACACACUCCAAGCACCAGCCCACCACAAAUAUCAUCACACACUCAGAACCACCGCCCAUUCAGAGAACCAGAGUAGCGUAUUCAAAACCACAGCCUGCAUUGAAUACCACUACACAGUCAGAACCACCCCAGCCCACACUAAAUUCCACCACAAACACACUCUCAAAACAACAAUCCACACAGAGUACCACCAUACUCUCACAACCACAGCCCACCCCAAGCCUUGAGCAGCCAGGUCCAGUUACACUCAGACCCAUAGUCCCAGAGUCACCUCUGAGGUCAUCAGAAGAGGUGAAAGGUCACGAUGGCCGUAAGGGAAAUACUUCCUCUUCCCUCAGUGCUGGAGUGUCCCAGUCAGGGACAUCUGACUCGGAACAGCCCAAACAGACAGGCCCUCUAACCCGCAGGGCCCGUUUACCUAAACCCAAACCCAACUUGGGUCGCGCCACUACACACUCUGCAGUCCAGGUACCAGAAAGCAGGCCAAACCCUGAAGUCCAGACACCAGAUGUGGCUUUCAGACCCACAUCUGAGGUCCAGAGUGUAGAUACUGGACCCUGCCCUGAAGUCCAAACACCAGAGGAAGCUGAUGAAGUUCCCAUGGAAAUACAACAGAUCCACCAAGUCGUCCCCCUUUCUGACAUCAUCGAUACUACUCAGGAGGAAAUACAACAGAUUCACCAAGUCAUCCCUCAUCCACCCAUAGAGGAGGGGCCUCUCAGACAGAGGGAGGGGACUGAUAUUGGACACGCCUCUCAGGUGGAAUCAGGUUCUGAAGUGUCAGAAGGCUCAGAGCAGCAGACAACCUCACAGACCAGGAGGAGCCACUUCCCUAAGGUCAAACCCAACCUGGGACGGGCUGCUAGGACCACACAACUCAAACCCCAACAGACUACCACCACACUGUCAGAACCACCACUAGAGCCUAUGCUGAAUAUCACCACAACCUCAGAACCACAGCCUACCAUGAUUAUCAUAGAACCACCACUGCCUACUGAGAGUAUUAAUACAGAGUCAGAAACACAGCCCAACCAGAGAACUACCGCACACUCAAAAUCACAACCCACCACCACACACUCCAAGCACCAGCCCACCACAAAUAUCAUCCCACACUCAGAACCACCGCCCAUUCAGAGAACCAGAGUAGCGUAUUCAAAACCACAGCCUGCAUUGAAUACCACUACACAGUCAGAACCACCCCAGCCCACACUAAAUUUCACCACAAACACACUCUCAAAACAACAAUCCACACAGAGUACCACCAUACUCUCACAACCACAGCCCACCCCAAGCCUUGAGCAGCCAGGUCCAGUUACACUCAGACCCAUAGUCCCAGAGUCACCUCUGAGGUCAUCAGAAGAGGUGAAAGGUCAUGAUGGCCAUAAGGAAAAUACUUCCUCUUCCCUCAGUGCUGGAGUGUCCCAGUCAGGGACAUCUGACUCAGACCAGCCCAAACAGACAGGCCCUCUAACCCGCAGGGCCUGUUUAACUAAACCCAACUUGGGUCGCACCGCCAAAGCCGCUACACGCUCUGCAGUCCAGGUACCAGAAAGCAGGCCAAACCCUGAAGUCCAGACACCAGAUGUGGCUUUCAGACCCACAUCUGAGGUCCAGAGUGUAGAUACUGGACCCUGCCCUGAAGUCCAAACACCAGAGGAAGCUGAUGAAGUUCCCAUGGAAAUACAACAGAUCCACCAAGUCGUCCCCCUUUCUGACAUCAUCGAUACUACUCAGGAGGAAAUACAACAGAUUCACCAAGUCAUCCCUCAUCCACCCAUAGAGGAGGGGCCUCUCAGACAGAGGGAGGGGACUGAUAUUGGACACGCCUCUCAGGUGGAAUCAGGUUCUGAAGUGUCAGAAGGCUCAGAGCAGCAGACAACCUCACAGACCAGGAGGAGCCACUUCCCUAAGGUCAAACCCAACCUGGGACGGGCUGCUAGGACCACACAACCCCAACAAACUACCACCACACUGUCAGAACCACCACAGACUACCACCACACUGUCAGAACCACCACAGACUACCACCACACUGUCAGAACCACCACCCAUUCAGAAAACCAGAGUAGCGUAUUCAAAACCACAGCCUACAUUGAAUACCACUACACAGUCAGAACCACCCCAGCCCACACUAAAUUCCACCACAAACACACUCUCAAAACAACAAUCCACACAAAGUACCACCAUACUCUCACAACCACAGCCCACCCCAAGCCUUGAGCAGCCAGGUCCAGUUACACUCAGACCCAUAGUCCCAGAGUCACCUCUGAGGUCAUCAGAAGAGUUGAAAGGUCACGAUGGUCGUAAGGGAAAUACUUCCUCUUCCCUCAGUGCUGGAGUGUCCCAGUCAGGGACAUCAGACUCAGACCAGCCCAAACAGACAGGCCCUCUAACCCGCAGGGCCCAUUUACCUAAACCCAAACCCAACUUGGGUCGCACCGCCAAAGCCGCUACACGCUCUGCAGUCCAGGUACCAGAAAGCAGGCCAAGCCCUGAAGUCCAGACACCAGAGGAAGCUGAUGAGGUUCCGAUGGAAAUACAACAGAUCCACCAAGUCUUCCCCCUUUCUGACAUCAUCGAUACUACUCAGGAGGAAAUACAACAGAUUCACCAAGUCAUCCCUCAUCCACCCAUAGAGGAGGGGCCUCUCAGACAGAGGGAGGGGACUGAUAUUGGACACGCCUCUCAGGUGGAAUCAGGUUCUGAAGUGUCAGAAGGCUCAGAGCAGCAGACAACCUCACAGACCAGGAGGAGCCACUUCCCUAAGGUCAAACCCAACCUGGGACGGGCUGCUAGGACCACACAACCCCAACAGACUACCACCACACUGUCAGAACUACCACAGACUACCACCACACUGUCAGAACCACCACAGACUACCACCACACUCUCAGAACCACCGCCCAUUCAGAGAACCAGAGUAGCUCAUUCAAAACCACAGCAUACAUUGAAUACCACCACACAGUCAGAACCACCCCAGCCCACACUAAAUUCCACCACAAACACACUCUCAAAACAACAAUCCACACAAAGUACCACCAUACUCUCACAACCACAGCCCACCCCAAGCCUUGAGCAGCCACGUCCAGUUACACUCAGACCCAUAGUCCCAGAGUCACCUCUGAGGUCAUCAGAAGAGGUGAAAGGUCAUGAUGGCCCAAAGGAAAAUACUUCCUCUUCCUUCAGUGCUGGAGGAUCCCAGUCAGGGACAUCAGACUCAGACCAGCCCAAACAGACAGGUCCCCCAACCCGCAGGGCCCGUUUACCUAAACCCAAACCCAACUUGGGUCGCACUGCCAGAGCCGCUACACGCUCUGCAGUCCAGGUACCAGAAAGCAGGCCAAGCCCUGAAGUCCAGACACCAGAUGUGGCUGAUGAGGUUCCCAUGGAAAUACAACAGGUCCGCCAAGUCUCCCCCUUUUGUGACAUCAUCGAUACUACCAAGGAGGAAAUGCAACAGAUUCACCAAGUCAUCCCUCUUACUGACGUCAUUGAUACCACCCAGGGCGAUAUGUCUGUCUUUACGGAGGGAAGCUUUUUCUCACAACAAAGUGAUGCUGUCUUCAUACAGCACUCAGAAACUUCUGUAUCGACUGCUCUGUUGGACCAGGCCCCGUCAGACCCGGAUGAGCCUAUAUUCAUCCUCUCCCUGACUGAAAUCCCAGUACUCCCCACAGGGGAGGAGAAUGGCUGCACAUCCCAGACCCUCUCCGAGCCUUUCUUUUUUCUACCAGUCGCAGACGCAGGCGCUCAACUGCAGCAUAGCAGUGGUAUUGUUGCCCCUGGAGGUGGUUUGGAGAAAGGGAAUGCUGGUAUCCUCUGUGAAGUCUCUGAGCCUAUGUCAGUGGAUGAGGCCCUUCCUCAACCCUCAUACACCAGUAUCAAGGAGUCUGGCUCCACAGCGGGCCCAGUAGGAGUGUGUGCCUCGGCCAAACCCUCAGAAGACUCCAUGGCUGAUGCAGAGACUAGUGAGGACACAUAUCCUCCUUCUAAGAAGAGGAAAGUGCCAGAGAGAGCCAGGAGAGUAGACAAACUGCAGGUGAGACCUAACACUGCAGUAAGGAAACAGACCAGUUGUUCAGCCCCUGCCAAGGAGGCUGUGUCACCUGUUACCCCAGACCAGACCACCUCUUUGACCACUACCACCCUAGACACUGACCACCCCACUGCCUCCAGUCCCCCGGCCCAGCCAGGCCCCUCUGUCACGGGAACCGCAUCACGAGAGGUGGUGGCUGAUGAGCCACAGCAGGGGACUGUGGGCUGUUUAGAUCGUACAGAGACAGUGCACACGCCGACUGGAGGGGAGGACAAUAGUUCAGGGGCGGAGUCUCAGGCUGCCUGUCAAAUUGCACCGCUGGCUAUGGGUGGCCCCUUGAGCAGGCCUGGUAGGAGACCCAGAGGAUUCCUGUCUUUCAUGUCCAAUAAGAACACCUCCCCUGUAGCUGUCCCUCCCCGAGGUACCAGAGCAGCCGCUCAGAGGCCCCAGGUCAACACCACCCGCCCAGGGGGGAAACGGGCUGCUCCUGCACCUUCCACCACCACCAGAACCAUGCCUUCACCUUCCACAACCAAUAACACCACCACCCCCACUAGAGCCACCAGAACCACCACUAAGCCAGAUUUUUCCGCCAGGGUGACUCGGGAAAAACCCUCUGAUGUCCUGGCCUUACACUCAGACCCAGAGCCCAGUACCUCCCUGUGUACUACAGCUACUAAGUCUUCUCAGGUGCCAGCCACCCAGCCCAGUGCGUCUCCCUGUGUGGACAGCAGUUCAGCAGACGAGGAACCCAUCAACGUGUCCCAGUACUUCUUCAGUGACAUCUUCACCGAGGUCGAGGAGAAUGAGGGAUGAGAGACGGAGAGAAAGGAGGACGGGAAAGGAGAACAAGAAGGCACUCUUUGACUCUUUGUUUGAAUCAAACUGGAGAACAAAAUGUCAAGUACUUAAGAAAACAUGUUUUUGUAUCUACCACUGAAAUUACGUUUCUGCUUGCUUGUGUUUAUGCGAACAAGGUUUCAUGCUUGCAGUGAACAGAUUUGGUCACAAGAUGGCAACAGUGAAACCAAACUAGGGAAAAUUCCUCUUCAAAUUUUUUGGGGGACCAAACUGACGCGCCUUUAAGCUAAUUUCCUAAAUUUAACGAUUACGUUUUUGUCUCUUUUACCCCAAUCAUAUCAUCUAGUCUAUUGAGUAAGCUAUUCAUUCUAAUAACAUAUUUAUAUUUAUUUGGUUUACAUUUUUUCAAACCACACCAAGCUAGACAUUCAUGAUAAUUUCCCUCUAUCUGCAUGAAGGAGAAUACUUGAAAUCAGUAUCAACUCACUCUACUACAGGGACUUUCACAUUCAAAUUUGUGUUCUUAUUUGAAAUAUUGUUUACAUAGGUGGCCAUUGUCUUAUUAUGAGCAUUGUGUGUGUAUAUAUGUUUAUUAUAAUUUAGAUCAGACAUAUUGGAGGGGUAUGUACCCUUAACAUUUACUUUGGUUUUUCACUCUUUGUGCAUGAACAAGACCCAGCUUUGCAGCUUGAGGGACAGCACAGCGAUAUCUCUUUAUUUCAUGCUCCCUGAAGAUACAGGAAAUAUCGUUUCAAAUGGAACAGAAUCCUCUAGUUUAAUCCAUGUACAGUGACAAACUCACAGAAACAGUGCACAGAUCAUGAGUCCAAUUUCAGUUCUCAAUUAUUGAUAAUGUUCUGCAGCCACUGUUGGUUCAAACUAACAUAGAUGUUCUGUAGCUCAUGUAAAAUAUGUGAAUAAAGUUUUAUACGUUAAAGUCUA